AUGGUGGUGUAUUGGAGACAGGCUGGACUCAGCUAUAUCCGAUAUUCCCAGAUCUGUGCAAAAGUGGUAAGAGAUGCACUGAAGACUGAAUUCAAAGCAAAUGCUGAAAAAGCUUCUGGCAGCAGUGUAAAAAUAGUGAAAGUUAAAAAGGAGUGGUAUAACCUGACAAAUGCUACAUUUUCAAGGUGAAGCUUUUCAGUUAUGUAUUAUGGCAGAUUGGAAACUGAAUCACUUCAUGUUUUGCUUUUGAGAGGAAAACACCUGUCUGUGUAGAUUGAUAUGCCAAUAAACU